AACAAUCAGUGAUGGGGUGGUGUGAUGAAGCGGAGUAUCUGCUACCAUCCCAAAGUUAAUUCUUUUCCAAUAACAGCAUGUCCUGAAGUAUUUUAUUCCUCUUAUACCACAGCCAGUGUAAACAUGUUUUAUUAGUUAAAGACACAUUGUAAGUUUUAGUGGUUUAUAUUUACAUUUAAUGUUAGUCAAUGUUAAAAUUUAAUGUUAGUCAUAACAUUUCUUGUUAUCACUUACACUAUAGCCGCUGUAAACAGUUGUUCUCUCACCAGCCAAUUUUUUUUCUCUCCAACAAAGUUAAUAAGACAAAAAAAGCAGCUUUUCAUGUUACAGAGAAAAGCGUAAACUCCUCUCUCCUGAGGAUGUCAGAAAACUUAAAAUUACAGCUUUACCUCUGACUGUUACAAAGUGCUGACACUGGAGACUCCUUCCAUCCAGAAAACUUCACCAAAUCAAUGAUUACACAAGUUUUUUAACCUGUUUACGUGGAGCAUCCACUGUACAAGUCCCUGUGACUGAGCCGUUACUAUAGAAAUAAUAAGAUAUUAGAACGAGUGCAUUAAUAUAAAUCUGUGAUUUGCAGCUGCACUACUGUCAGAGCUGCUGUUAUAGAAAAUUAAUCAACACCUUCUGGUCAAUUAGAAUCCAGAACUCAACAGCACUGUGGUAUAAGUGAUUUUAUCUGAAAGGUUGAUAGAGAUACACUAUAUGGCCGUAAGUAUGUGCACACCUGACCAUAAAACAGUCAUAUGUGAUUGUUGAACAUCACUUUCCAGAUUUAUUCCCCCUUUGCUGUUAUAAUGAGCUCCACUCUUCUGCGAAGUCUUUCCACUAGAUGUUGGAGCGUGGCUGUGGGGAUUUGUGUUCAUUCAGCUACAAGAGCAUUAGUGAGGUCAGGCGCUGAUGUUGGGAUGUCGAGGAGGUCUGGGGUUCAGUCGGUGUUCCAGUUCAUCCCAAAGGUGUUCAGUGGGGUUGAGGUCAGGGCUCUGUGCAGGACACACUGACGUUCGAAGGACAGCAAUUAUGGCUUCACUUUGGACUUUUUUGGGAUACGUUUUGUAUUUGCUUGCUUUUAUUCUUUGUUUAAUCUACUUCAUACUCCAACUCAUUUGUGCAUUUCUGGCUAAACUGGCACCAUAUAAAGUGAAGCGGAUUUAUUGCCAGCAUUUUCAGCAUCCAGCACAAUCCCUACAGGAUGAAGUGGAUUUCACACCACUGCAAGAUUAUGUUGCUCCAGACAGCAGACGAGCUGUAGACCGUCACCAUCAUGAAGACCAGGGACUCCUAAAGUAUUUGCAAGACAUCGUGAAGAAUAACCUGUUGGGAUCGAUGAGUUUCAUACUCCAAAAAUGUGGAUUGUCAAAAUCGAUCAGAUUCCACAAGACGGUCUUUGGAAAUACCAUGAAUUGUCACGAGGACUUUUUGAGAAGUCUGUGUAUCAGUCCCCAAGACACAAUGUUUUCUGUGGAUCAGUGUGAUGUCAUCAUUGCUUUCGUCUCUAUUGUGUCUCGAGCUGGAACUGACAUUGAAGCUGCUCUUAGGAAUAUACCAGGAAACCAGCCGGUUGUUUUUGUGGUGCUCCAUCACACUUUUGAUCCGAAUUACAUUUUUCCAGACAGCAGACGAGCUGUUAACAGGAGCAACGUAUUGACUGUGGACUGUCUCUUUCAUGAAGACCAGGGACUGCUGAAAUGUCAUUGUAACACAAGGGCACUGGAAGCAACAGCAAAGUAUUUGCAAGACAUCAAGAUGAAUGAGAAAGUGUCAGGAUAUUUUUAAAUUGGAAAUGAUGUUCUCCUUGAAAUUUUAUUGCCCUGUAUCUGAUUACACCACUGCAGCUCUCAUUGUCCAAUUUUUUCAUGGAAAUUAAGACUAGAUAUGUAAAGAUAGUUCAUAGUACAGAUAAUUGUACAUAAUUUAACAACAAUCAAAGCUAUGACUGUUUAGCUUUCAGCUUAAGAUAUACUCUGAUAUACUCUUAAUAUGUAAUUCUUCCGGCUUAAUUAUUUUAUUUCAUCAAAAGACUAUAUACAAAUUUGAGAAAUAAACCUGUUCUGAGUUGA